AUGGAUCGGCUACCCUCAGAAUUACAUCGACUAGUUGUGAAAAGCCUUGCUCAGGCAUCAGAAACCACGGAUAAAGAAUAUAAGGCCAAACUAUCGGGGAUUAUCGCAGACGUGUUAACAACAGCUUCCGACCUACUCAAUCUCUCGCUUGCAGACCGUCACUGGCACUCCGUCGCAACACCCGCGCUCACCAGACUCAUCACGGUCCUCGAAAAGACAUAUCUGUCUGUUAUGUUUAUGCCUCCGUGGCAUCGCAGCUACAUUUCCAACUACCAUGAGCUGAAUAAAAUUGCGUCCCUCUAUGUCUAUGUCACCCGUCUCAUGGAAGUGCAACCGCCACAGAUACGUCGCUGGAUCAUUCGAAAGACAGUGCCAAAAAGCCCCUAUUGCUUCGAGCUCCUCACUCGCGGAUCUCGGUGGGUGCAACUCACCUUGGAACAUUAUCCAUGUCACUAUCCUGAGGGCUUGCCGCGAGAAACGCAAGGCGGCGCCGAGGCUACCUUUCUGGGUAUAUUGAAGGCUGCUGAUCCGCAGGCUGUUGAAAUGAAAUAUAUGAAGGACACGAACGAGAUUGUAUUAUGUGCUACUGCAUUUGCGAGGGCUAAGGUUGUGGAUGAAUGGGAGGGACUAGAUAUAUGA